UAUUUCUCUCAAUCUUUUCCUUCCUAUACCCCUCUAUCCCAGGAGGUAAAGGUCAACUGGGCUACAUCACCAAGCAGCCAGAAAAAAGACACAACCAAUCACUUCCAUGUCUUUGUUGGAGACCUCAGCCCAGAAAUCACCACUGAUGACAUCAGAGCUGCCUUCGCACCCUUUGGAAGGAUAUCAGAUGCACGUGUAGUCAAAGACAUGGCGACGGGGAAGUCUAAAGGCUAUGGUUUUGUUUCUUUCUUCAACAAAUGGGAUGCAGAGAAUGCCAUUCAGCAAAUGGGAGGUCAGUGGUUGGGCGGCAGGCAGAUCAGGACUAACUGGGCUACAAGAAAACCCCCAGCGCCUAAACCCACCUAUGAAACAAACGCCAAGCACUUGUCGUUUGAUGAGGUAGUGAACCAGUCCAGCCCCAGCAACUGCACUGUUUAUUGUGGCGGAGUCACUACAGGCCUUACAGAACAACUCAUGAGACAGACCUUUUCCCCCUUUGGCCAAAUAAUGGAAAUCCGAGUGUUCCCAGACAAAGGCUACUCGUUUGUGAGGUUCAACUCUCAUGAAAGUGCAGCUCAUGCGAUAGUGUCUGUUAAUGGCACGUCCGUAGAAGGUCACAUGGUGAAAUGUUACUGGGGUAAAGAGACUACAGAGAUGGUGAGCCCUAUGCAGCAGGUGCAGGUACCUCAGCAGAACAAAGUUGGUUUUGCUGCACAACCAUACGGCCAGUGGGGACAGUGGUACGGCAACGCACAACAAAUUAGUCAGUACGUCCCUAAUGGCUGGCAGGUACCCACUUACGGUGUGUACGGACAGGCCUGGAACCAGCAGGGCUUCAAUCACAUACAGGCUGGGGCUGGGUGGCCUGGCGUGAGUGCCGUGAGUAACGGAGGCGUGGUGGAGCCUGCGCAGGGAGUCAACGGGACCGUGCUAGCCAACCAGUCCAGCAUGGGCACUGCAGGAUACCACACACACUGAUGAAGCGACGGACAACUCUAGCACUCCACUGCGGCCACAGCAGGGAUCUACACACGACCCCCACCCCAUUCUCAAACACCCAUCAAGAUGCCUGGCCUGGGGAGGGGGUGUGCCAUUUUUUCCUGACCCUCCCCACC